AUGAGGCUCUUUGGUAGCCCCGAGGCCAAAGAGGCUCCUCCUCCCCAAUGGGAUAACGACCACGACAGGAUCCGGGCCUGGCUUGAACCGACAGACUUCCUUGGUGAGUCAUCCGAGUUCAAGCGGCACCUCGCUCUGCAGGCACCGGGUACCGGCCUCUGGCUCAAAGAGACACCGCAGUUCAAGCAAUGGAUCUCGUCUACCGGCGCAAGCCACCUCCAGAUCAACGGUGCCACGGGUGUUGGAAAAUCUGUUCUUGCUGCGUCGGUCGUGCAGCAGUUGAGCCAGCCAAGCGAGGAUGGGCGGCACCAUGCCCCUGUGCUGUUCUUCUUUGGCAAAUAUGGCCGACAUCGUCCUGAACGCCCGUUCGGCGAAUACGAGUUCUCGGUACGCAUAGUGAAGGACUGGCUGGCCCAGCUUCUCCCGCACAGCGUCGCCCUACAAGAGGCGCUGCUAGGAGUAGUCAACAGAUCGUCGCCCUCAGUUGAUGAGCUCUGGGACUAUUUACGCAUUGGAAUAGCGUCUGUACAACAUAUCUACUUCGUAGUCGACGGGAUGUAUCAUACGGAGCCUGCCUUUGCCGCAAAUUUGCUUUCACGGCUCGACAAGUCGGUCCAUUCCCCGCCUGGAGUCGUCAGAAUCCUGACGACCAAUCGCUUCUCAGAGAACGAAACUAUGCGUCCAGCAACAGCAUCGCUGUUGCAAAUUGGCCUGGAUGAAGCCCGAGUCCAACCAGACAUCGAGGCUUUUGUUGCCAAUCGGGUCGAGGCCUCUGAUUUGACUCCACCUCGGCCCAAGGAACUGGUUCAGGCGAUAUCCUCGAGAUUCCGAGGGGUGUUUCUAUACUCUCGCUUGCUGCUCGACAUGGUCUUGUCAGAUCUCCAGGCCGGGCGACGUGUUCAGAUCGACAAACUCCCUGCUGACCUGAGAACCCUGUUCAACCAGAUUCUGGCUCGGAGCGCAGAAGAGCUGGGGAUCGAUGCUCAUGUCCAAGCCACCCUGUUAGCCUGUCUCACUUCCACCUUGCGACCCUUGAGCAUCCAGGAGUUGGAGAGCUUCUUGCAAUUUGUGGUAAAGACAGUACCCGAGGCCGCGGCUGGUGCCAUUUCUCGACAGGCAUGUGGUCCCUUUGUAGACGUUUUCGCAGACAACACGGUCGAUUUAGCCCACCAUUCAUUCUACGAGUUUCUUCUGGACGAGGGGAGAGAAACGAAGGCCCACAAGAAGAUCGCCGACGAAGCAGACGUAGUCAACGAGGAGUGUCAAGCCACUGACGCCUUGGGUAUUGGGACCCAAGGUCUCGUGCAUCCUGGCCACAUCGGCGAGACAGCCACCGCUGAGUUUCCGGUAUUGAAGCCCGUGGCAUCUCAUAGACAGCUUUCUUUGGCCUGUCUUCACGUCAACCUUCGAGUCUUGCAGGAGAAUGCCCUCGACGCUACCACCAGGUAUCCCUUUUUCGAAUACUCCAAGGAACAAUGGCUCCGUCACGUCGUCCACGACAAGAAAAUUGACGACGACGUUCUUUUCGAAACUCUGGAAGCGUUCAGGAAGCUCUUCAAGAGCAUGGACUUUGACCCUAUCCGAAAAAGACGGCCGCAAUCCGCAGCGGACCUGAUCAACAGCUUUUGGCCGACCGAACACGAAUCGCCGCUUCACCUGGCCGCGUGUACAGGGCUGGUCAACUACGCUCGAAGGUACCUCCCUGAGUGGCGUAACGCUCAGCGGGAGGCGAGUGCAGGCAUGUUUUCCUUCUCGGCCGUUCAGAAACCAUCGGUACUGGAGUCGGCACUGCACCACGCCGUUUUGAAUGGCCACCUGGACACGAUGUUGGUUCUUUGGCCGCACGACGACAGCUCGUUCCAUUGGACACCGGGGGUACAAUCGGACCUAUUCUUCUCGGCGCUUAGCAGACAUCCCAAGAUUCUCAAGGCACUGUUGAGACUAGGCCUCACCCCCGACAGAAUUCCCGACUUCAAGAGAUCUGUCAAAAACCACUCGAGGAAUUUCAGGGUUGCGGGUUGUAUUGUUCAGGUUCUUGCUGAUCUGGAUGCCGAACUCGUGUCCCACCUCAUGGGCGCGUACGCGUCUGAAGGUUUGCCUGAACCUAUGGCGGUGCUCCUGCGCUCUGAACAGUACAGCACAAGUGAGAUUAUCCGGAAGAACAACCCGCUUGCCCGAGUCUGCGGUGCCGUGGCAAAGUCUGCCGGUCAUGUUGAGUGUCUCCGGCUUCUGCUCCCGGUCUAUCCCGAGAUCGAAGCCAGAUCCAGUCAAGGGAAACCGACAUCGGGAGUCGAUGGCAACGACUACGUCGAGGCCAGAGCAGCUCUGCACCUCCUCGCUGGCUCUUGGGAAGACUCUCAUCACAUCUUCUCAGCCGAGAUGUUUGACAUCCUAAUUGCUGCAGGCGCCGACGUCGAGACCACGGACGCGUACGGAAAUACACCGAUCCUUUGCCUUUUCACCACUGAUUCUAUCCAAGCUUGGCGUGGAUAUUUUGGGCUCAGCCAGUUUGGUAGUGGUGAGAAUCGGGAGGUGACGGAAGCUUUACGGCAUCUCCUCCGAGCCGGCGCUGACGUUUCGGUCCCUGGUCAGCACGGAGGUGGACUCCUUCACGAAGCCCUGUCCAGAAACCUGAACAUUGAGAUGUUGGAAUUGUUGAUAGAGUAUGGGGCAGAUAUUCAUGCCCUGAAAAGUACAUCACCCGCGAACGAUGGCAACGGGCCAAGGAAAACCCCCCUCCUGGCGGCAUACUGGGCCUCCCAAGAAACGCCUUUAACGUUUACUGGCAUCAUAUACAACAUCGUCAACAGCCUCAGCGAAGUGACGGAAUUCCUCAUAUCGAGAGGUGCGGGGAUUGGGGAUGCCGGAGACCCGAUCCAUGUUAUAGACACGGCCCUUCAGCACUGCGAUGCCGAAUCGUUCAGGAUGCUGUUGGCGACUGACACGGAACAGACGUGCUUCGACCCCUGUCUCUUCACCAUCUCUACGGCCCUGAAAGGCGUAGAGCACAAGGACAAUGUCUUCCUGCGGGAUCAGGACAAGACCCUACGCGAUCCUCUGCCGUAUAUCAAAGCGCUGGUUGACGCGGGCGCAAAUCUCGAAGCGCGGCGGCAACCCGACGGCGUCACUCCGCUGCUCUUCAGCCUCCGGUUCCCGCCGCACAUAUCCGAAGCGUUUGUGGCCGCCGGCAGUGAUUUGUUUGCCCAGGAUCACAGGGGCAGAGGCGCUUUGUUCCUUCUGAUGCCCCCCGCUGACGACUGGAGCUGGCCUGGCCCUGACCUCGACCGGAUGAGCAACCUAAUCCAGAGUCGUGGCUUGGAUCCCGGUGCCAGAGACGAAUACGGGAACAGCCUCGCUCACGUUGCCGUAGGCGUUGGAUCGAAGCAUGGCGCGGAUCCAAACGUCCCUUUCCACAUCGAGUCCUUGCUCGAGUGCCUCGUCAACUAUAACGUCUCCUUGGGAGCCCAGAACUACGCGGGACAAACGCCUCUUCACGCCUUGUUCGACUACAGAACCGGGAUGCACCACAACCAUGCCGGCGCCCUGGAUCACAUUGCCAAGGUACUCGGCUUCUUCUCCCGCACGGGUGAAAUCAUCGACGUCAACGCAACCGACAACGAGGGCCUCACGCCUCUUCACUUCGCCGCCAUUGGCACUGGGUCAUCCAGUCCUUCCAUACUCCAUCUUCUCCAGUCGCAUGGUGCGGACCUACGAAGCAAAGCCAGAAGCAGCCGAAACGCGUUGCAUCUGGCUUGCAGGGCGAGGAACUCGGCUGCAGUCGGCUACCUCAUCGACCAAGCACCCGAUCUCGUCCAUCAAGUUGACGGUGAUGGCCGUACGCCCUUGUUCGACGCCUGUAUAUCAGGACUGGUGGAAUCAGUAGGCGCUUUGCUCCGGGCCGGUGCGAGACUCGACGCGGUUGAUGCCCAAGGCCGGACGCCUCUCGACGCCUGCGCCGAGUUUCUGCAAGAACGGGAAAAUUGGGCUGUGAGCCUCUCAAGAUGGCUCCAGGGAAAUUUUGCCGCAUGCGAUGUGUAUCGACCGUCCAUGCCCCCUGGUGCUCCGCCAGCCCUCAAGGAGAACUGCUUUGGACAACGAGAGACCAUGUUCCGCGACAUGUUUAGAGAAACAAGAUCGGACCUGCUGCAGAACGAAGGAAUGUCGAUUCGAUCAGUCGUAAGAGCGUUGCUAGACGCGGGUGUCGAGACCACAUGGCCUUCUCGUCCGGGGGGCAACGACAAUACUGUCUGUGACCGGUCUGGACAUUCUAUCGAUUCCCAUGUCUCGGCUUUAUUACAGGGUCAUUAUAGCAACCAGCACCCAGGCAACAGCUAUUUCGACUCGACUGGACGUGCGAGGCCCUCUGAAGAGGUUGAAGCCCUCACUACCACAGACGAUAUUCUGCGGGACCCUUGGAGGCAUAUAUCACACUUGUCACCCGACGAUGUUCGCCAGUUGGUUGAGAAGGACGCCAACCUGGUCGGGUGUCUGGUCGUCGACGACAAGAAACUGACCGCAAGUCAUCGGUACUUACACGGCGUGAGCUUUGUCGAGUACGCUGCAGCCAACGGAAUGACAGAGACGGUGAUGGCGCUCGGAGACACGGUUCAAUACGGCACCGAAGGCGCCGGCACACGGCUCGAUCGAUGGACGAGCGAAGCCUUGCUGCCGGACGCGGACAAGGAAAUCACGGUGGCCCGCUACGCCGUGAACCGUCCGUCUACAUUUCCGCAGCCAGAAGACGUCAAGACGCUGGGAGACCUGAUACGGCACACGCAAUGGCUGUGGGAGCCUCUUCUGCAAGUCGCCUGCAGGCGGACGGCGCCGAACAUGGAGAUGGUCAGGACGCUGGUGGAGAGAUGCGGCGUGGACCUGCGUCGACCGAGUUUGGAGGUUUACGCCACCGAAGACAAGCCCGUCCUGCCGUACAACAUCCUCCUGCACAUCCUGGCCAAAGAGCAGGCGUUCUGGCACCUCGAGGCCCUGCGGUAUCUGCUAGAACGGGGCGCCGACGUCGACAGCCGCGACCAGCGGCACCAGACGCCGCUGCUCGUGGCCGUCAGCAACCCAGGCGUCUUCACCCAUAGGUUCGUCGAGCUUCUGCUCGAGUUCGGGGCCGAUCCCAACUACAAGGUAUACUACCUUACGGAUACAUGUGUUUCCCUUGCGACUGGCAAAAGCCUGGCCAUCUUGCAGGCCCACAGCGCAGUCAAGGAGCGCCCGCCUGAGUCGGGCCAAACCGACCGUCCACAAGUUUCGGUUGUUAGUCUCUUUGGCCGAUGA